AUGCAGGAGCAGGUGACGAGCUCGCUGCUGUCGAGCAGCGAGAGGUCGUCGAGUUCGGCGGUGCAUCAGGUGAAAGAAGGUGAUGUCCCCCGCUACCACACCCCCCCGUUCCGGUUUCUCCGAUUUGGGUCGAGAAGUAGGGUUUUCGCCAUGGCUUGCCACGAGGAGAUCUUUCCUUGGACCUUUGAUCUUCUUUCGGCCCUUUGGAAAAUCUCCGGGACAGGUUUCCUUCCAUUUUAAGGAAUUGCUUCUUGCUCCAUUUCCUCCCUCCCUCCCUCCUUUCCUCCUUCUCUCUCUCCCUCUCUCUGUGUCUAAUUCACGCGUAGAUUUCUUCUCCCGCGAGAAUCUGUCAACUGGGUUUCGAUUCCGUCGCUGAUCUCUGAGAUAUCUGUUGCUGGAUAUCCCUUUUUUUUCUAUCAACGCAGGUAUAGAGAGCGACGACGAGAUCAGGAGGGUGCCGGAUUUCGGAGGAGAGCUGCCGGCGGGGACGUCCAUCUCCGGGAGGGAGGUGUCCUCGGCCGCCACGACGCAGCGGAGGCAGGCUGCCUCCUCCGAGGCUGGGCUGCAGCGAAAGAGGGGCAGAGAUCCCGCGGACAAGGAGCACAAACGCCUUAAGAGGUGAGAACCCUGCAAGUCCAUUCAAGGCCUGCAUCUUUUAGCAGAGGCUCCUCCCAAAAUCGUUCUCUCAAUCUCUCUCUCUCUCUCUCUCUCUCUCCCCUCCGGGGUGGCAGGCUGCUGAGGAACAGGGUGUCGGCGCAGCAGGCCCGAGAGAGGAAGAAGGCCUACCUGAACGACCUCGAGGCGAAGGUGAAGGAGCUCGAGAAGCGCAACUCGGAGCUGGAGGAGCGCCUCUCCACCCUUCAGAACGAGAACCAGAUGCUCAGACACGUACGUAAAAAGUCCCUCUGUCCCUCCCUGCUGGGUUGCCCCUCCGUAUGGUUCUCCGGCUGGGUCUUCGCCGCUAUGGCGAGAUCCACAAUGACAGCUGUACAAUCCCGUCUCAGUCAACUGGCCCACGCCCACUUGUCGAUGUCGUGUCCCGGAGAAUGUCCGGGAUCUGCUGGGGGGUGGGGGCCAUGACCACGCUGGUUUACUAUUUUCCCCCGCGGCUUCGUUUCCACUGCGCGGCGCCGCCCACCCCACGCUUAGGGCAGACGAUGCCACCCAAAACCUCGGGAGGGGCCUGCUAAUGGUGGGCGGGUACGUUCUGAUCUCUCACCUUCUCUGUUGUGUCGGCAGAUACUGAAGAAUACCUCAGUCGGCCGGAGGGGAUCCACGAGCAGCGCCAACGGGGAAGGCUCGGUCUGA